AUGGCUUUCUCUUGCGUCACAAGAAACGUGUUUUCAAUCCUUCCUCUUCUCGUUAUCCUAUUAACCAUUCCUUUGUCUUCAUCUUUUUCUCCUAGUGACAAAGUCACAAAGGAACUACUUGACCAACUCUGCUCAAAACCGACAAUCGAUGACAAAUUCUGCGUCUGGCAAACCUCUUAUGCGACAACCGUAGGCCUCGACCUAAGUGGUCUUGUCGAUAUGGUUCUCAAAAAGACGCAAGCGUUUGGGAAUAUGAACCUGUCAUCGAUGAAAGGCUUAGCGACAACAACGACUGAUCCGUAUCUAAAGGAGACAUAUAAGAUUUGUGUGAUAGAUUAUGAAUUAGCCAUUACAGCAAUUGAGGGAGCUCAAGCGUUUGCGAG